AAGAGCAAGAUUGUCCCUUGGCGCCCCCACGUGUGUGUCUGCUGAAAGGUAAACAACAUCAGUUUUUCCAUGCAUUACGCCGAAGAAAAAGCAUUAGCCUGAUACACACUGAACGUUUCCUCCUGCACUGCCCAAGAUUCCUGCAACACUCUCAGAGCCUCCCUUACCAAGAUUAAUAGACCAACACAGGAAGACAUACUGGGCAGAACCUCCCGCAGCCCAGACAUCCCAACUCAGCAGAUCAGCAGUCUUGAGCAACUGGAAUCUCUGGGGCUCUAGAGGCAUGCUUCCAUGGCCUAUCCAGCCCCCUAAAACACUAUAGAAGUCAGUGGCCGUGAAGACUGGUGACUGAACAAACAUUUUCCAUCAUAACCAAGAUGAGUAACGAGGCUGAAGAUGAGAAGACCUUACAGUUCCACGAGAUGGGGCUAGAUGAUAGGAUUUUAGAGGCAAUAGCACGGUUGGGGUGGGAGGAGCCAACACUCAUUCAGGAGAAGGCCAUACCUUAUAUGUUGGAGGGGAAGGACCUUCUAGCACGGGCAAGGACUGGUUCAGGGAAGACAGGAGCAUUUGUGAUCCCGGCAGUACAGAAGAUCCUGGAAAGUAAACGUACUGCAACUGAACAGAGUGUACAGGUUCUUAUUAUGGCACCAAGCAAAGAGCUGUGCAAGCAGAUAAAAAAUAACAUUAGUGAACUGACAGUUUCCUGCAGACGUGAGGUUCGUUAUAUUGAUGUCUCUGCUCAAGUUCCUCUUGAAGCCCAGCGCCCACUUCUUGUUGAUAAACCUGACAUUGUGGUUGGGACCCCCUCAAGAGUAUUGGCCCACAUAACAGCAAACAACCUCAGUGUCCAGGACUCCCUCAAGCUUUUGAUCAUUGAUGAAGCAGAUCUUAUGUUUGCCUUUGACCAUCUGAGUGACAUUCAGGGUGUUCUUGGACAUCUUCCACAAAUCUACCAGUCUUUUGUGACAAGUGCUACGAUGUGGGAUGAUGUGAAGAAGCUGAAAAAAUUAAUACUGAAUAAGCCAGUGAUUCUGAGGCUAGAAGAACCACCUCUACCAACAACUACUCAACUGACUCAGUAUGUUAUAAAGAUGGAGACGAUAGACAAGGUGGUCAUGAUAAAUGUGCUAUUUCGCCUCAGCAUGAUCAGGGGGAAAACAAUUAUAUUUGUCAACAAUGUAGACAAAGGCUACAAGCUGAGAAUGUACCUUGGACAGUUUGGAAUAAAUUCCUGUGUGCUGAACUCGGAGAUGCCUGUUGCCUCUAGGUGCCACAUUGUAGAGCAAUUCAACAGUGGCAAGUAUGACAUCAUCAUUGCCUCAGAUGAACAGAGUCUAGAAGAUCCCAAAGCAAGCAAGAGCAAAGAAAAGAAAGUGUGA